AUGUGGUGGUGGAGCAGCAGUGCACUCGAGGCGACACUAGGGGCGGAGUUUGACCUCACCAAACAGUCUACAUGCUUCUGGAGCGCUGCAGUGAAGCCUUUGCUACGCUCGGGUUUCGGCAGAAGAGCAGGGUUGUACGCCGCUGACAGCUGGAUCCUGGACCACUGUUUUCAUUAUUGUGAGAUUGAAUCCACGUUCACUUCCAUGCCCAGUGGCUCUUGGCUGAGGAUGCCCAGUGGCUGA